AACUAUUAUUCGCGAGCUUGUUGUGGUAGACGUAUUCGCGCGAAACUCAAGGAACAACCCAAACUAGAUUUCAAUCAAGAAUUCCUUUCUUUCAAGUUCCAAGAUUGUGUUACCACGAAGCUGAUGAGAUGCUAAGAAGAAAAGUCAAUAAGUCAUCUCUUCUUUCGGAAAAAAUGUGGCAUUAAUAAAACAGGUUCACUUUUUAAAGACCCACAAUCCCAACUUCAACAUACAACAUAUCUGGAUGGAAUCGAGAACCAUGAAAUAAUAAAUUCCGCAAUACAUCUGCUUCGAAAUUUUUUAUCGCGCUAUAAUUUUGAUUAUUUAGUAGUUUAUAUGUGUGAAUAUUGUUAUUCACAUACAAAAAAGAGUAAUUUUAUUCUUAUGACCCAUGUUAUAAAUAUUCUUUCAAAAAUUACAUUCAAUGUUUUUCCUUUUGAUUCGCUUAAUCAGUAAAAAAAAGAACUUCAUUCUUGUCAUAUAUGGUCAUUUAAAUUGUAUUCAUCGUGAAAAUUUUAUUGCAAACUGCAAUUUUAGAGAUGCCUCAUACUCAUGAUAUGCAGAACGACGUGUUUUAAAAACGGGAUUUUCUCAUUGACCACCAGUGGAGAAACGAUAUGCAAAUGUUGUGAUAUUUUCCCAGCUUCCGAAUUUAAAAAAACGAUUACUGGUGCAUACUAAACAGAAACCACAUACGUGUGACAUUUGUAGUAAAGCAUUUUUUUUCAACAGUCAUAUUUAACAAUUCAUUUAAUAUAGCAUACAAUUGGGGAAUCCAACGCUUGCAACUUUUGCAACAAAGUCCUUUCUGUGAUUUCCAAUUUCAAAAGACAUUUACGGACACAAACAAAAGAAAAUGUUUAAAUGCGAAUUUUGCAAGAAAGCCUUUUCACAAAACAGUAAUUUAAAGGUACAUUUACGUCUGCAUACGGGUGAAAAACCGUAUGCUUGUGAAUUUUGUAACAAACCCUUUUCACGUAAGGCGAGUUUGAAAAGACAUUUGCGUACACAUACGGGAGAGAAACCGUAUGUAUGUGAUAUUUGUAACAAAGACUUUUCGGAUGAUUGGAAUUUAAAAAGACAUAUCCGUACGCAUACUGGGGAGAAAUCGUAUGCAUGUGAAUUUUGUAACAAACUCUUUGCAGAUAAUGGGAGUUUAAAAAAACAUUUACGUACGCAUACUGGAGAGAAACCUUAUCCAUGUGAAUUUUGUAACAAACUUUUUUCAGAUAAGGACAGUUUAAAAAAACAUUUACGUACACAUACAGCAGAGAAACCUUAUAGAUGUGAAUUUUGUAACAAACCAUUUUCGGAUAGAAGUAGCUGCAAAAGACAUUUACGUGCGCAUACUGGAGAGAAACCAUAUGCAUGUGAAUUUUGUAACAAACUUUUUUCACAUAGGAAGGAUUUAAUAACACAUUUACGUACGCAUACUGGUGAGAAACCAUAUGCAUGUGAAUUUUGUAACAAACUCUUUUCAGAUAGGAAGAGUUUAAAAAACCACUUACGUACGCAUACUGGAGAGAAACCAUAUGCAUGUGAAUUUUGUAACAAACGUUUUUCAGAUAGGAAGAAUUUAAUAACACAUUUACGUACGCAUACUGGUGAGAAACCAUAUGCAUGUGAAAAUUGUAACAAACUCUUUUCAAAUAGGGAGAGUUUAAAAAAACAUUUACGUACGCAUACGGGAGAGAAACCAUAUGUAUGUGAAUUUUGUACGAAAGCCUUUUUGGAUAAGGGGAGUUGCAAAAGACAUAUACAUACGCAUACUGGAGAGAAACCGUAUACAUGUGAUCUUUGUAACAAACCCUUUUCGGAUAAGACGCAUUUAACAAGACAUUUACGAACGCAUACGAAAGAGAAACCGGACGCAUGAGACUUCUGCAAUAUAAUAUAUUCUCAGUCCAUUUCUUUCAAGAAACUUUUACCAGAGCAUAUUAUAGAAAAUGAAUGAAUUAUAUACCUCUGAUGUUCAAUAAAGCGUUUGCUUAUGGGAGAACUUCACCUCAUCUUAAACCGAAACACUUAUAAUAAUGGUUUUAUAGUAAGUUAAUGUUUUAAAAAGGGACCAAAAAGGGUUAUUCUUUUACUGAAAUGUGUUGAAAUUAUCUCUUCUAGAACUUUUUUUUUUAUUGCAAAGCGUAUGAUGCAUAUUCAUUGUUAUUAUUCGUGUAAUUGUUUUUCUGAAAUGAAUAUUUCAACUCCGCAGGGCUAUUGAAGAAAACAAAACAACGUAUAAUCUUGUUCAUCCGAAAUUAUAAAUACAAGUUGAAAAUUUAAACGAUACCGAUUUAAAUUUUCAUUAGAAGCACAUCCCAAAAGACGAACAACAGCAAGACGAUACGAUAACUCAUUUCAUAGCCUUUCAGUUUCCCCAAUAUCAUACUUUGAAACCUUGCAGAUAUGCAUGUCUUAAAUUUGUCAUGUCUUAAAUUCAAAUCUCCACUUUAUAUUAAAGCCUUUUAUAUCGAAUUGUUCUUGUAAGCUUUUCCUGAAAUUUCGAAUAUAAAGUUUUAAAUUUAGAUUAAUAAAAUGAAAAUAAUAUAAUGAUAUGUUUUGUGUUUAAUUGUGCAUGUGAUAUUUGAGCGUGUUAUUUAUUAUAGAACUAUAGAAAGAUUCAAUUUAACGUUCUUUAGGAAGAUUUUGGGAAAAUAAUGAAUAUUUGACAUGACAUAUUACCCCAUAAAUAUUAGAUAAAACUAUUAUAUAUAAGGAUAAUUUUUUUAAUAAGCUGCCUAUAAAUUUUUUUAAAAUCUUAUUUUGAUUAAUAUUUAUUUCCAUUCUUACUUGAUUACAAGGUUAUUUUUUAAGCUGAAUGGUCCUAUACAUUUGUUUUCUUGGAUUCGGAAACUCCCUUUUCAACGCAUGCAUCAUUGCGGAAAGUUUAUAUUGGAUUAACCUUGGUUUCGCUCCAUAUAUAGCGAAUUCAAAAUUUGUCGUAAUAUUUUGAAUUCCAAUGAAUUUGAAGAAAUAUUGAUAUCAUAUUUAAGAAAUAUAAUGUUGUUUUUUUUUGUUUUUGUUUUUGUUUUUUCAGAAGCUUUCCAUAUAUUUCAUAACUAUUUGUAAACAUUUCAUCACAUCACUGUAUUUAAACUUACUUGUAAUGUUAUUCCAAUGUCAAUACAUUCGAAGAUGAUAAAUUGACAGAAAGUAGAACAUUUUGUGCUCACAUUUAUUAUUUAUAGUUUCCACACUGUCUGUAUUUCUUUCACUACCAUAAAACUUAAUUAACAUCAAGCUGUUUUUGGUUAAUAAAUUCUCUGGAGACUGCACAGAUUAUGAUAAAUGUCUGCUAUGAAAAUCUGAAAUUUGAAUUUGUAAACUUAUUUUCUUUUUAUCAUUAUCACUAAUUUAAUUGGCCUUGUUGAAAUCUUAAUUAUCAUGGAAUAUGAAUUUCCAUAUGUUUCUUUUUAUCAUUACUUUACUUGGUAUAGUUAAAAUGUAAUGUUGUAUAUGUUUAAAAUGAUUGUUCCAUUGGAAUAAGUGCUGCUUUAUGUUCUGAAAUAUUGCUGUAUACUACUUCAUACUGUUUUUUUAUUUAGCUCGCUUGUAAUUAUCUUCAACUGUGAAGGUGUAUGAUUCAGUCUCUUGAAUUUGUUCAUUCUUUCAAUGAGUAACAAGAUACACAGGCCAGUUCCAAGGAAUUGCACUUAAAAGGUUAAUGUGAAAGAAGCAUUCGCCUUAUCAUUUAUUGAGUUCCAAGAUUGUGUUACCACGUAUCUGAUGAAAUGCUAAUGAGAAAAGUCGAUAAAUCAUCUCUUCUUUCAGAAUAAAAGUGGCAAGAACAAGAAAAGCUUGAAUUUUGAAAGACCCACAGUUCCAACUUCAACAUACAACGUAUCUGGAUGGAAUCGAGAACCAUGAAAUAAUAAAUUCCUCAAUACAUCUGCUUAGAAAUUUUUAA